GGCCUUUCGAGAGCUAGCUAGAGCCAGGGUUCCUAGAGCGAAUUUAUUAUUCCUGAAAAUGCAGAGGAGUGCUUCUAUUUUCCGCUGUCUUGUGCGAGCUCGUCCUUUUUCGAGCUCAUCAAAGAUAUGGGGCGUGAGACCAAUUGUUUCCAAAGGACUUCCAUUGAUAAAUCAAGCAGAAAGAUGUCUGAGAAGUUCCACCUUGUUGAAGCCCAGGCUCAUCUAUCAGUUACAGAAGCCAUGCAGGUCAUACUCAUCAGGAGAUUUACCCGCCCAUUACAAGAUUACUCUUCCUGCUCUGUCUCCAACCAUGGAAGUUGGAACUGUAGUUAGAUGGGAGAAACAGGUUGGAGAUCAGCUGAAUGAUGGGGAUCUGUUGUGUGAGAUUGAGACAGACAAGGCAACCAUGGGCUUUGAGUCUUCGGAAGAGGGUUACCUGGCAAAGAUCUUUGUGGAAGAAGGUUCCAAGGAUGUACCUGUUGGAAGGUUGCUGUGUAUCAUAGCUGAGGAGGAAUCAGGAAUAGAAGCUUUCAAGGACUUUGAAGAUCCAGGAGUGAUUGAAACACCUCCGGGUCCACCAGCUCCUAUCAAGGAAAGCCCACCAGCUCAAGCUGCUGCUCCUCCACCACCCCCACCACGCCCAUCACCAACCUCCGCCCCACCACCAGCACCGGCUGCUGCACCGGCAACACCACCAAGGCCUCCUCCUGUUCCCAUGGCUCCUCCUGCAGCUGGGGCCACUCAGGGGAGGGUGUUUGCAAGCCCCUUGGCAAGAAAACUAGCAGCAGAACGAGGAAUCAAUCUAAAUAGUCUUCAAGGGACUGGUCCGGGUGGGCGUAUCGUGAAGGCAGACAUAGAAUCUUACGUACCAGGAGCUGCGGUACCUAUGCCAGCUGCAGUCCCAGGGGCUGGUUUCACUGAUAUACCAGUAGACGCUCUCAGAAUGGAGCAAGCUAAUGCUGCAGUGUAUUCUAAACAGACAAUACCCCAUUACUAUCUCAUGGCUGACAUAGAUGUAGGCUCAGUACUCAGGUUACAAGGCAGUUUGAAUACGAUGGUUAGCGAGGAGAGCCCUAUAACUCUCAAUGAAUUUGUUAUCAAGGCUGCUGCAUUGUCUUGUCAGAAGAUCCCUGAUGCUAACUCAGCUUGGUUUGGAGACAAGAUCAGGCAAUACCACAACGUGGAUGUAAAUAUUGCAGUGACUUCUGACUAUGGAACAAUAACUCCCAUCAUCAAUGCAGCAAAUACUAAGGGUUUAGAAGCAAUAAGACAGGAAGUCGACUAUGUGACGGCUCAAGCGCAAGAUGGCAAAAUGCAAACACAGAAUGGAACUUUCAGCAUCUCAAAUUUCAGUGAGUUUGGAGUAAGGGGCGUAGCCGGUAUCAUCCCUUCCCCACAGGCCUGCCAUUUGGGAGUAGGAGCAGUCCAAGACAGAUUUGUACCUGAUGAAGACGCUGAAGAAGGAUACCGUCCAGCUUCCAUUCUGACAGUAACCCUUGUAUGUGAUCACAGAGUGGUGGAUGGUGCAGUGGGCGCUCAAUGGCUACAGCAAUUCAAGAGAUAUAUGGAGCAGCCAGAAUCCAUGCUUCUCUAGUUUAUAAUCAAUCAAAACGUUGAAUGAGAAAUAGAAGGGCGUUAGAAGUGGCAGAAGGAACUUUUUCUGCCUUCAUCAAGGAGGCUUAUACCUCAUUCUCACUGUUUUGCGAUCUGUUAAUAACGCCACAAUUGGUUUUUUGUGGCUGUUCGCCAAAAAGUUCAAACCGUUCAAAAUUUUUCUACUGUCAAUUGCCACAACUGAAUUGAUAUGAUCUUGAUACGAUUAUUGUGGUUAUCCACGAUUAAGACCACGGUUUAAAUCAUGACACAAAGCAUGACAGUGAGAUCUAGGUACCUUGUCAGAAAGUCUUUCAUGUGGGAAUUCCGCAAGCAGCCUUUCUCAUACUUCAUCAUAGCCAUGACAAUGAAGAAUACAGGAAAGUUGCUAUGAAAAGAAACAGGGAGCAUUUGUAGCGGGUCUUCCUGGUAAGAGACGUGACACAGAUUUUUGACAAGGUUCCUUAAACUCCUAGAUUUGGAGAUGGUCAGAUAAUUCCUCAGUUUCCAAAGCAAUAAAUGAGGGUGCAAGCUGUGUAGCUAGAGAUUGGUCAGUCUUCAAGGUUUAAAGAUACAUCUUAGAUCUAGGUCCCGUAACACAAAGGUUAGCGAUUAAUAACAUGUUCAAUUUCACGAUUGAUUGUACAUUGUAGUCAAUGUAAUCAAUCAUAUAAAAUGUUCUACGAUCAUUGCUAAGCUUUUUUUUUACGGGCCACUAGUUGUGAAUUUUUAAUAAUGGUGGAAACUGUUUCAAAGUGCUUAUGAAAUACUGUUAUUAAUGCUCCUAACUGGGUUUGGUUACAUAAAGAAUUGUUGUAAUAACAAAUGUACAAUUCUAUAACAAGUUCUCCUAUCAGCCAAUCAGUUCAAGAAAGGAUUUCAUUAGUUUUUGAAAACUGUUAUUGCAGAUUUGUUAUUAUGAUACUAAUAAUUUAUGGAUUCAGUCUGUGGUGUGUGCUAGAAAGCAUUGGAAUCAACAAAAUAGUAAUAUCUUAACCCAAUUAUUCUGAGAAUUACAUGUCCUGCACAAGGCACAGAUGAGCAUGUAUGGGACCACAACAAAAUAGCCGGCCUAACUGUAGCAGCGCCUGUUUGUUAAAUAUUUUAGGGCGUUUGAUGAGCAAUCUUUUGCAAAGGACCUUCAUUUCAUGAUAUCAUUUCUAAAAUAUCAUAAAAUGAAUUUGAAAACUCACAAUAAAUGAUUAUUCUUGUGUUUCUUUCACCUUCUCUACAUUUUUUUAAAAUUUAAAAUUAAAGGGGAGUCAGUUUUCAUGGGGAAGGCAUUAUUAUUUGCUGAAUGCAGACUUUGCAAAAAGCAUAUGAAACACCUCUGACAGAGGCAUUUUUCGGGGAAAGCAAGAGAUUCUUUGACCAAGCCUGAUUAUUUUUUUUUCAUAACCUUCGGGCAACCGUCAGACCAGGUCAAGUGGGUUAAUGGCUUUAACGUUAAAGACAUUUUAC